GUGGAAAAGAAGAGAGGAACGCGGGUGAGACUACGAGAAGAGUGUCCUGAGUCUGAAGGUGUUUCAGGUGUUCCGCUGUUUCGUUGGUAACAAUGGAUCACGUCAAGGCAACCACAGAUUACUAUAUAUAUGAAGACAGCUACAACUAUUCACCAGAAACAGGCAGUAGCCAAUCCAGUGGCGUGCCCUGCAACCAGGAUGGCAUCAUGGACUUCACCCGGAGCUACUCCCCUGUGGUCUAUAGCCUGGUGUUUGUGCUGGCGCUGGUGGGUAACAUCCUGGUGCUGUGUGUGCUGAUGCGCUACCGCACCUCUCAGACAGGUGGGACCUGCUCCUUCUCCCUCACCGACACCUUCCUGCUCCACCUGGCCGUGUCCGACCUCCUGCUGGCCCUCACGCUGCCCCUGUUCGCCGUCCAGUGGGCCCACCAGUGGGUGUUCGGCAUGGCCGACUGCAAGAUUUCCGGAGCCCUGUUCUCUCUGAACCGCUACAGCGGCAUCUUGUUCCUUGCCUGCAUCAGCUUCGACCGCUACCUGGCCAUUGUCCACGCCGUCAGCACCGGCUGGAAACGCAACACCUGCCAUGCACAGAUUGCCUGCACCCUGAUCUGGACAGUGUGCUUAGGCCUGAGUGGGGUGGAUAUCACCUUUAGACAAGUGGUGAAGGUGGAAGUGGGGCGCUCGGGGGAUCAUCAGGGCCUGCUGGUGUGCCAGACGGUGUACCCCUCAGUGCAGUGGCAGGUGGGGAUGCAACUAGUCAACUUGGUGCUGGGUUUUGGGCUGCCCCUGCUGGUCAUGCUCUACUGCUACGUCCGUAUCUUCCGGUCGCUUUGCAACGCCUCGCGCCGCCAGAAGAGGAAGUCCCUUCACCUCAUCGUCUCCCUGGUGUCCAUGUUUGUGCUCUGCUGGGCGCCCUACAACUCCUUCCAAUUGGCCGAAAGCCUGAAGAAGCUGGGCGUGAUUAGUGGAGGCUGCCAGUUUGACCGCACGGUGGACAUAGGGAUCCUGGUGUCUGAGAGCAUGGGCCUGUCACACUGUGCCCUGAACCCGCUGCUGUACGGCUUUGUGGGGGUGAAGUUUAGGAGGGAGCUGACCAGAAUGUGUAAGGGGCUGCUGGGACAGAGGUUCUAUCCAGGGAUGAAGGAAUGGGGAGGGCAGAGGAAAACACGGAGGCCCACUAGGUCCUUCAGCUCAGCAGAGAGUGAGAACACCCACUCUGUCAUGGCGUGAGCCAGCC